GUGAUGGACCCCCUGGACAGAGCUCAAGUACUCCUCCUCUGUGACCUGUGUCAAAGAGCAGCAUUACAGAGUCACUGUGAACUUUGUCAAAUUAACCUGUGUAAGGCCUGUGUAGGGGAGCAUCUGUCUGAUUCAUCUAAAAGACAUAAAGUUGUACCAUACAAACAAAGAACAUCUACUCCUAACGUUAACUACCCAAAAUGUCCAAACCACGCCCAGAAACAUUGUGAACUUUACUGUGAGAAAUGUGACAUGCCUGUCUGUUCUACCUGCAUUUCCUCUGAUAAACAUCAUGGGCAUAAAUUAACAGAUAUCUUACAAAAACCAAGCUUCCUUCAAGAAAUUUUAAAUAAUGAUUUAAAAGAACUAGAAAAAAAAAUAUAUCCUACCUAUGAAGAAAUUGCAUCAGAUUUAAACUCUGAAAAAAUUAACUUGGAAAAACAUUAUGCAAAACUGACAACAGCUGUCACCAAACAAGAAGAAGAUUGGCACAGAGAAAUUAACAUUAUUGUCAACAAACAGAAAUCUGAAAUUGAUGAGAUGAAAUCUAAACACCUAGCUGCUCUAAGUAAACAGGAAAAAGAUAUAAAACAGAUUACUUUCGAUAUAAAACAGAGCAUAAUUGAUCUGAGGAAAAUAUUGGACACCAAUGAUGUCUCACUAUCCACUGCUUACAAACGCAGGAAUGCUGAAUUCAGAAGUUUACCUCCUAAAGUCAGUGUUUCAUUACCAAGUUUCUCUCCUCAUCAGAUCAACACAGAACAGCUUUAUCAAAUGUUUGGUUCUCUGUCAGCAUUAUCGAUUACAACCGAUGAACAUGGUUACACAAUGAAGACACCAGAAGCUGUAUCCUGUCCUCCAUUCAAACCACUGCUAGAUGAACCAGAGCUUAUCACCUCAAUAGACACUGGGUAUGACAGACUAUACAGUGUUACCUGUCUCAGUGAUGAAGAAAUCUGGACAACUGGAGAUGACAACAUCGUGAAACUCUACAACCUCCAAGGUAAACUACUGAAAUCAAUGCAAACCAAGUCUGGGAACAGUCCACGUGACAUAGCAGUGACAAAGAGUGGAGAUCUAGUUUAUACUGACCCUAAUACAAGAACUGUAAACAUAGUGAAAAAUUACCAGAUACAGGAAGUGAUCAGACUACAGGGGUGGAUACCUAACUAUGUCUGUAGUACCUCAUAUGGUGACCUCCUAGUUACCAUGGUCAGUGAUGAUAAAGAACAAUCAAAAGUUGUUCGUUACUUUGACUCCACAGAGAUGCAAACCAUUCAGUUUGAUAGUGAAGAUAAACCUCUGUAUUCAACUAAUUCCAUUAAAUACAUCAGUGAGAACAGGAACCUGGAUAUCUGUGUGGCUGACUGUGAAGCCCAUGCAGUAGUGGUUGUUAAUCAGGCUGGAAAACUCCGAUUUAGAUACACUGGCCAUCCUUCUCCUAUCAUGCGAUCAUUUUAUCCGUAUGGAAUCACAACAGACAGUCAGAGUCAAAUCCUGACAGCAGACCAAUACAGAAACUGUAUCCACAUCCUAGAUCAGGACGGACAGUUCCUCCGUUACAUCCGUUAUAUUGAAAACUGUGAUCUGAACAGUCCAUCUGGUAUAUGUGUCAACACCAGAGACAACUUCUUUGUAGCCGAGUUAAGUGGUAAUGUAAAGAAAAUCAAAUAUAUGUAA